AUGAGACAAUCAUUGAUGACUUCAUCAUCAUCAUCGUCAUCGAAUUUGUUAACAUACUACUCAUCAAAUAAUAUAAAUAAUAAUAACAAUAACAAAUUACAAAUGAGAUCAUAUAGUAAUAGUAAUAGUAGUAGUAAUAGUAAUACAAAUAAUAAAGUAAAUGACAACAACAAUAAUAAAGAGAGUAAUAAUAGUAAUAAUGAACAUAAACCAUUCGAACCAACAUCAUACGAUAAAAUGUUUAAGGGAUUUAAAGAGGAGACGUCAGAUCUUGAGAUUCAAUUGAGAGAACAACUCCAACAGAUGAAAGAAAUAACAGUAUCAAUCACCAUUAAAAUCUCACAGUUUGUUUUGUUUUGUUUUCCUGUUGGACAAGUAUGUCUUUAUGCCACUGACCAUCAACAUACAUCUUCCGCAUAUAACAUAACAUUAUCAACAAAUCAUAUUAGUUUGCCACCAAUGAUGUUGGAAGAGACUCCUUCGGUGGUGGCAGCUGGACCACGUCCACCUUUGACCCGACAGAAAAGAAUGUCAAAACAAUCAAAUGGAUUGAUCAAUAAGUUCUUGAUAACUCAAUUGGAUAUUACAAUUGGAUAUUUCAUUAAUAGUAAUAUUAAUAUAAUAUUGAUAUUCAUAUCUAAAUUUACAGCAUUUAAACCAACAAUCAUAUUCAAAUGGAUACCAAAAGGUAAAACAGAGGGUAAAGAGGAAGCAGACGACGCAAAGAUACAACAAUUCUGUUUUCCUGAAUCAAAUCCAAUCAUGUUGGCAUUAACUCAAAGUGAAACAGAUGUAGUUGAUCAAUUUUCAUUCAUUCUUACCAAUUCAUUAGGUGGUAAAUCAUUUGCAUAUUGUAAGAGAUUCAUAAAACAUGAUGUUGCGCCUUAUUGUCAUGUUUUUAUAAGUCAAAAACCACAUUUUAGUUUAUAUGAUGAAAUAUUCGAGUUAAUCGAACCAAAGUUUGAAAGAAAUUUGAAAUACAGUAUCAAUGCAAUAUUGAAUUCACUGUUGUUAUACCCACUUGGCAAUGAGAGUACAAAGAUCAGGAUCUCUGCCAACAAUUCACAGACUGAAAACUAUGAAGUCAAUUACAGUCAUCCACGCUCCGAAUUUCAGCAUAUCACAUACGAUUCAAUCUAUGAAAUGAAGCCAAACCAUCUUGUCAAACUCUUUGAGGCAAUGUUAUGCGAGGCACGUAUCGUUCUCUGUUCCAGUAAACUUUCAAACAUCUCCAAUUCAAUCAUGGCACUUCAUUCUUUAAUCAGUCCUUUUUUCUGGCAACAUAUAUUUAUAUCAAUAUUACCAGAACCAUUAAUGCCAUAUGUAGCUGCACCGAUUCCAUUUUUAGUUGGAAUUUUAGACAAUUCUUUGAAAUCAUUCUAUCAACAACCAACCGAACAAGUCAUUCUCUACAAUCUUGACAAAUGUGAAUUUAUGAUUGAUCCUGGAUUUAAAUCAUUACUUCCCGUUCAUAUUAUAAAUUAUAUGGAGAACUCUUUGAAAAGAUUAAAGAAUGAACAACCAACAUAUAAUAGAUCAAUAGAUUCACAAAUUAGAAAACCUUUCUAUUCAGUUAUUUAUCAUUUGUUUCAAUCGUACAAUCAAUAUAUGUAUAGAAAUGGAGAUCAUUUCACGUUCAAUAAGGAUCAGUUUAUUGAGCAGGCUCACACUGGACAAACGAAAAAGCUAAUUGAAUCGCUGGAGAAUGAGUUUACAAAGAUCGAUGACUCUACGCUCUGUCCGUUCCUACUGGAUGCCAAAGAGGUGUGCGACAAGAUUCCAACGGUUGCUUCCAAGCGACAGUCACAAUACGACUGUCCGAUCUGCAUGGAGUCUACAACCUCGCGACCAUCGCUCGAGUUCUCUGGUUUCACUCUGCAUCAAGACUGUUUCCGUUUUGAUUCAGAUCAACAACAACAGCAACAGCAACAGCCACAACCACAACAACAGAUAUCUUCUUUCAUGGGUGGUGUCAAUCCCAACCAGAUUUCCACUUCUCCGUCAAAGUCCAAUUACUAUCCAAUCUUACCGGUCAAGAAUGAGAUUCAGAACUUUAGAUUCAAUAACCAACAACAGAGGAAACCGUUUCCAAAGGAUCUAGGUGUGAAGUCGCAGUCACACGGUCGCUUUAUGACACCGCGUGAAAUGCAGUCAAACACACUGCCCAUACCAACAACGAAUGGAAAUGGACAGAUCAACGCCUACAAGAGACAGAAUUAUAAUAACAGUAGUAAUAGUAACGGUGGAAAUAACAAUCGUUUCCAACCACCUCUACCACCUACUCCCAACGAAAAGAAAGAGCGUGUAAUCGAGCAGAUGAAGAUAAAGAACAUUCACAUCUUUAGUGACGAGCAAUUCAACAGCAAUGACGAUGAGAAUUCAUCGGCAUCUUCAACUCCAUCGAAUACACCACCCAAAGUAGUGUAUGCAUCCAAUCAUAUCAAUCAAGAGUCGAGAGCUAUGCAAUUCUCAAAAGCAUUACCAGAGAUUCCACAAACUAAAUCUCAACAGCAAUUGCAACAACAACAACAACAACCACAACAAUCUCAACAACAUGAUGAAUACAAUCUGAACAAUGGAAUCAACAACUCUGGUUCACUCAGUCAAGAGAGACUGAAUCUCUUUAAUCAGCUAAAUAAUGUCAAUAGGAUGAAGAGUAACCAGGUACAGAAUUCACUACCACCACUGCCACCAAUUCCUCAGGGCAGACCGCUACCCAUUCCACCGGCAACACCAACGCCUCCCAACAAGUCGUCACAUCCCAACACUUCACCCUCCAACAAAUCACCACCAAGAAUUGCACCGUCACCUAGAUCAGGUUCACCAAACUCAUCGACAACCUUAACAUCAUCAUCAUCAUCAGUAGUAGUAAAUACCUCUUAUUCGACCAAUAAGAAACCACUACCUUCACCAACAUCACACCAAUUUACACCAAUACCACCAAAACCACCUCUACAUAGCAGCAACAAUAACAUUAACAAUAAUUAUAAUAGUAAUAGCAACAACAACAACAAUGUAAAUGAUGUAUCAAUAGUUAAACCAACACCAAUUCCACCGAGAUCAAACAAACCACUACAAACACCACCAAUACCUCUUUCACCAAAACAACUUCCACAACCUAAGCUAGUAACGAACAAUAACAAUAAUAAUUAUAGUAAUAAUAACAAAUCACAACCACCUAUACCACCUAUACCAUCAAAACAACAACAACAACAACAACAGCAACAACAACAACAACCAAAUAUAACCACGUCUAAUCGACAAGUGGUUGUCAAGACACCUUCACCUGAAAAUUCACUAUCACCUCGACGACUUAACAAGCAAUGCUUUGGCUGUAAAGAACAACUCACCUGUACAACACAAUUGAUGGCUGCCAACGGCAACUACUACCACAAGAGUUGUUUCACCUGUGCCAGAUGUUCACUGCCACUUCAGAGCGGAGAGUACUUCUUCCACACAGGAUCACUCUACCAUUUCGCUUGCUCCAACGAAAUACUACCUACUUCAAAUAAUAACAACAACAACAAUGAUAACAGAUUCAAAAACCUAAGAAGAAGUACAAAUAGUUUAUCUUUAAGCAUUUUUUAA